UUCGUCUACCGUUACCAUGCAACGAGUGACCGCUGUUCUAACGUCAUACUGUCUAGUCAGAUCAUCACAUUAUAACUCAUAACCUGGGAUUCAGACAUACAGCCUGCUAGAGGAUGACUACAGUACGCCAGGGAGCGAGCUCUAGCUAGUUAUCCAGAUUAGUUAGUAUCGAAGCACGCGCUCUGGCGUGGUCAAUGAGUAUAAACGUUGCAUGAUUAACCUAGCUAGCAAACUGGCUAACUCGCAACCAGAUCAACUAGCUAAGUAGCUUGUUAAGUGUUCUGACUUGCUAGGUAAGGGCUCGCUUGGUUGCCAAGUCUGCACUUAAAACCAACACGCAAGAAACAGAACUAGCUAGUAACCCAUGGCAGAUGGUUGGAGCACCGACACCGGAGAAGCUGUUUACCGCUCACGGGAUGCCAUCAAAAACCUCAAAAUAAAGGUCCGUAUCGAGAAAGUGACUUCCACAGCAGCGCUGUCUCAGCACCUUCAUCAGCAAGUGUUGCAUCAACAGGAGAGCGGUGUCAUCGAACUAGACACUUUCACGCAAGCUCGAUCAGUUGGCGAUGAUGAAGAGGAGCUGGUCGUUAGUUGGCAAGAGAAACUUUUCAGUCAGUAUGAGGUGGACUUGUUUCACAGUGAGUCAGUGUGUCAGACCCCUCUGGAGAGGCAGUACCGGACUGAGAUCUUGGCCAUGGAGGGGAGAGCAAAACGCAAUCUCAGGAUCUUCACUUACACCGAUUUCGACCGAUACACCAUUUGGGAAGGGCACUCUCAGAGCGUGGUGAAGACAGAUGGCUCCAGACCCACCUUCCUGGCAGAGAGGAUGGCUAACGUGAGGCACAGGCGGCAGGACAGACGGCCGGUAGACAGCAGCAUCUCCAAGUCUAAGAUGAUCACCUGGGAGCCCUCAGAGGAGUUUGUGAAGACCAGCCACGUGGUCAACACUCCAGUCCAGACCAUGCACAUCAUGGCAGACCUGGGGCCCCCCGGCAAACUAGCGCAGGAGUCGGAAUGUCUGCUGUGCACCAUCAGAGCAGACAGUAAUGGAGUGGUCACCAUCAAACCAGACUUCAACAAAGGCAAAGAACCCUACAGGGUGGAGGCGGGGGAGGAGAGGAGGGAGGUUUGGCGCUUGACGCUGGAGAACGUGUCGUCGGACAUCAACACAGAGGAGAAGGAGAGGGAGCAGCGCAUGUAUACAGACUUGUACACGCGACACCGAGAUUAUCUCAACAGCCUCGUGGGCCAAGACUUUGAAAUGCCUCCCCCUGGCAUCCUGCGCCUGCUAGUGAAUGGAGAGAUAGUCUCAGCCCAAGGCUUCGAAUACAACGACCUCUACAUCCACUACUUUAUAGAGCUUCCCAACAACUGGUCCAGUCUGCCUCAGCAGUCUCUGUCAGGGGUGACCCAGACAUGCCGCACCCGCACCGUGGGGAAGGACGAUGUGGCGUACUUCAGCUUCCCCUUCACCUUCGAGGCGUUCUACAGGAAGGAGGAUGAGAGCGAGGAAUCUCUUCCACAGUGGCCGGUGCUGUACUUCAAGGUCCUGUCUCUAGACUUCUGGCAGCGCUACAGAACUGAGGGCUAUGGAUACCUGGUGUUCCCCGCUACCCCAGGGAAGCACACCUUGUCGUGUCCCAGCUGGCGGCCCCUGCAGACGGGGACGGUGUCGGAGCUGAGGAGGUUCUUCAUCGGAGGAUCUCCAGAGCUGGAGGAUGGAAGCUAUGUCAGGGUGCCCAGCACCUUCAAGGGGGAGAGACUGAGCCGGUUUGGGUUUCGUACCAAGACCACAGGCAGCGUCACCUUCACCCUGCACUGCCUGCAACACGCCAGGGCCUUUGUGGACGCCAGCAUGCUGAAGAGGAGAAGGCAGAGCGUCCUGGACCAGCUAGGAGGCUUCAGCCAGCAGGGAGCCGUGUACAACGUCCUGGAGGCGUUCCAGAGGGCGAGGAGGCGGAUGAAUGAGGCGAGAGAGAACCUUCCUAAAGACCUGAUCACCACUUCAGGCCCGAUCAACUCUGAAUCCUCCGCCUAGGCCAUCCUCAGGGUCUCCAGGCUCUGCUGUUCUUGAUUUAUAGCAAUAUUUCAGUCCUUUUCACAGAAUUUAUUCAUAUGUAUAUAUUUUUACAUGUAAAGACUGCUAUUAACUGCAAUUUGAUACCAUAUUUGAAAAAUACUAAAAUAAAAUAAUUCUUGGACGAUUUUUAUGUAUGUUAGUAUUUCACAGAAUUGUAAAUGUAUUCUGUGCAUGUACUGUUGAAUUCAUCAUUUAGUA